AUGGAGACUGUGGUGAUCGUCGCCAUAGGUGUGCUGGCCACCAUCUUCCUGGCCUCAUUUGCUGCCUUGGUGGUGGUUUGUAGGCAGCGCUACUGCCGGCCUCGAGACCUGCUACAGCGCUAUGAUUCCAAGCCCAUUGUGGACCUCAUUGGUGCGAUGGAGACCCAGUCUGAACCCUCCGAGUUAGAGCUUGAUGAUGUUGUCAUCACCAACCCCCACAUCGAGGCCAUUCUGGAGAAUGAAGACUGGAUUGAAGAUGCCUCGGGCCUCAUGUCCCACUGCAUCGCCAUCUUGAAGAUUUGUCACACUCUGACAGAAAAACUUGUUGCCAUGACAAUGGGUUCUGGGGCCAAGAUGAAGACUUCAGCGAGUGUCAGCGACAUCAUUGUGGUGGCCAAGAGGAUUAGCCCCAGAGUGGACGAUGUCGUGAAGUCAAUGUACCCUCCACUGGACCCCAAGCUCCUGGAUGCAAGGACAACUGCCCUGCUCCUCUCCGUCAGUCACUUGGUGCUAGUGACCAGGAAUGCCUGUCACCUAACCGGGGGCCUGGACUGGAUCGACCAGUCGCUGUCUGCUGCUGAGGAGCAUCUGGAAGUCCUCCGAGAGGCAGCCCUGGCUUCUGAGCCGGAUAAAAGCCUUCCCAACCCUGAGGGUUUCCUGCAGGAGCAGUCGGCCAUUUAA